AUGUCUGUUUUGUCUUCACAGACGACCUCGUACGCUUCUAUUAACGCCGUGGAGCCCAGCUCGCGCACACGCUCCAUUGGGGCCGGCAUGCGCACUUUAGGAGUGGUGUCCACAGGAGAGUCGUUGUCCACAUCCAGAGAAGUCGACGCUGCAGUCGACCAUGCAGACGACCAUGCAGACAACGUGGACUCCGCGUCACACUCCGUCUCGCUGUCCGAGGAGCACGCCACCGGCACCUCGGAAAGCGGGCUCGUCACUGCGUUGUCUCGCUCCGCCUUCCACUGA